GGAUCGUUGGAUAAUUUGGAUAUAGUUAAAGUGAGAUUGGUGCACCGAACUCGCUGCUCGGUCUAAACUGUUGUAUUCCUACAAUAUUACCGUGGAAUAACAAAAUAUUGUAUAAACUGAAUUAAACUACUGAUAAAACGGCAUCCAUUGUGUUUUGUGCUCGCACUUUAACCCCAUGACGCCCACUAAGCCCGCAGCCACUAAUGGCGAUGUCAACGAGGAGAGCCUUUCCCCGACAUCAGAAGUGGGAUCGGUGCAGGCACAAAACGUGAACGGACAGAUAACGGCAAAUGAUGGGUGGCGUGCGUUAUUUGAAGCACAACAAACCAGCAUGAAGCUACUCGUGGAGGCUUUGACUAAACCACCGAAUCUUGAGGAUGAAAACAUCACGCUGCCUAAGUUUCAACCGGAUGAUGCAAACACUGACGCCCGGGCCUGGCUGGCCACGGCGGACAUUUGCUUAUCGGAUCGUGAGAUACAGGGAAUCGAUCGCAUGAAAAACAGCAAACAACUCUGAUCUUUGAACACCCUGACACAGCUGAGGGUAAGCGUGCCCCUAUGACUUGCUACAAGUGUGGUGUUGAAGGUCAUGUGGCAUCGCGGUGCUCAAAAACAUGGUCAGUUGCAAAUAAUAGUGCACAACCCACCGUCACACCCAGCAUCGUGAAGCGAGUGAACGUGUGUGGUAUGAAGCCUGUCACCGGGAUAAUUACACAAUUUGGUGAGCAGUUCUCAUUUUGUUUUGAUU